AUUGUAAUAGGAAAAGCAGUUUUGAUUUUUUAAUUUUAUUAUUGUUACAAAACCAUGAAUUGUCGUUCGAAAAGUCGUGUCUGCAACAUGAUGAGCGACGUCGUUGAAGUUGCGCCCACUGAGGUGGUGCUGCAGACCACUCACGAGGGAAGGAUUCAGGCUGUGAGGACUCGUAAGGACAAAGACAAGAACCCGGACAGAAUGAGCUUGGACAGGCGAGGCCUGACCCAGCUGCCGGUGAUCGUGGGCGAGCCCCGACUGCGCCUGCUGUCCCUCCAGCACAACCUGCUGUCCCGCCUGGACGGCCUGGGCGCGCUGGGGCUGUCCCGCCUCGUGUUCCUGGACCUGUACGACAACCAGCUGGAGCGGCUGUCCGGCGUGGACGCCCUCGAGAACCUCCGCAUCCUGCUCGCGGGCAAGAACAGGAUCCGUCGUAUAGAGGGUCUCAGUUUGCUGGUGAGGCUGGAAGUUCUGGAUCUCCACGGGAACCAGAUCUACCAAAUCGGUGGGCUGAAAACUCUCGGAGAGCUAAAGGUGCUGAACAUGGCGGGAAACCAGAUCCGAGCUGUUGGCAACACCGACCUGCAAGGCCUCCGCUCACUCCAAGAACUGAACUUGCGGCGCAACCGCAUUAAAAGGCUGUCUGGUUUCGCAGACACUCCACAGCUGCAGAAACUUUUUGUUAGUAACAACGAAUUGUUGACGGUGGAGAGCCUGAGCGGCGUUGCGGAGGCAUCCCAGCUGCGGGAGCUGAGCGUGGACGGCAACCCGGUGGCGGCGGGCGGGGAGUGCGCGUCCUUCCUGGUGUCCCGCCUGCCGCGCCUGCGCCUGCUGUCCCGCGCGGAGGUGACGGCGGCGGUGCGCCAGGCAGCCGCGGCCCGGCGCGGCGACGGCCGCGAGCAGGUCAUCUCCAACGCCCGCACCAACUGGGAGCUGCUGCGGUCCCGGGCGCGCUGUGAGUCCUGGUUUGAAGCCAGUGACUACCAGCGCACACUAAUGGCUGGAGGCGAAACAGAUGUCACAAAAGAAGACGUCACAGAAUGUUUGGAUGCUGAUGGAGAUCUUGGUAAUCAGUUUCAGACUGAGGAAGAUAUAGCUCAAGAUGUUUUGUCUCCUACUACCACGCAGCAAGACACUGACGAAGAGGAUGAAUUAGAGCUGCUAUCAAAGCAGAACAUUUCCAGUGCUAGACAAGCCCUGCAUACUCUUAUCAACAUUGUUGAUUCAACUUCAGAUGCUGACCUUCAGUCAUAUUACAGACAUUUCCGAGCAGCACCUACGAGCCUCAGCUCCUCCCUACGAGAUCUGAGAGCAGAUAUGGACGUGACCGGUGCGAAGGCCCCUGAGAGACACAUCCAGAGCGACUCGGGCGUGAGCGGCAUGGCAUCGUCGGGGUGUGCCCCUCCGCAGUCCCGCAGCGUGGUCUCCAUCAGUGCAGAGGUGCGCCGGCUCAAGUUCUCCCACCGGACGGUGUCCCAGGAUUCGGACACGUCCCAGAACACUGCCUCUUCCAGCAGUGUCGACUACUUCAAGCUGCCCCCGAUACUGGCCACCACAUUCAGUGUAGAGAUGGGAAUACCUGAAGGAGAGCCGCCAGCUGGUUGGAGGGACCGCAGGGACAGGCCAGAGGAGCGAAGGCACGUGUGGUCUGCGCACGGCAGCAUCGGCGCGGAGCAGCAGCCCGCGGCAGACGUCGCGCCGGGCUGCGAGAGCUCCUCCAGCUCGCUGCCCAGCGACUCCAGCAGCAGCUGUAGCGAGGCGGACGACCACGACGACCCCGGGUCCAGCGGCGGAGGGAAGGUGGCAGCGGAGGAGCCGGCGAGGAACGCCAAGAGCGCCACCCCUUACCGCAAGCACUCGUGCCGCCGAGUCCAGGCCAGGCCCACCACCAGCCGGCCCCCGCCCAAGUCCUCGGGAAAAGUUCGAGAGCAAGGAGGUGACUUCCUGGUGGAAAUCUCGGGCCGCGUGCUGAACGUGUACGGGCAAGGCUCCUUGCGGUUCAUCGACCGGCCGUGGAGUGCCGGCAAGGCCCAGGACGUGACGACCGCCCGCUUCCACUACGUCAACUUCAACGCCAUGAUCCACGUCCUGGGGCGCAUGAAGCAGCGCUUCGCCGGGGCGGAGCACUUUGCGUUCCGCGAGACCAACAUCUCGCACCUGGGGCAGCUGAACGCCCUGGCAGACGUGCAGGGGCUCUCCUCGCUGCGCAUCGAGCCGGAGGGCAAUCCCAUCGUGCUCAAGGAGUGGCAGUCCUACGCCGUCUACCGCCUGGGCCACUGGGGCCUGCACGUCGUCAACGAUAAGGAAGUGUCGGAGGACGAGGCGAGCGCGGCCUCCGAGGAGUUCCAGGGGCUGAGCGACCUGGUGCUGUGGUCUCUGCCCGACUCGCUGCUGCAGCCGCUGCUGGCCCGCCUGCGCCUGGACGACGGGGCCCGGCCGGCCAGCGCCAAGCAGUGGCUGUGGGGCGCCGACCCUGCCCUGCGCGCCGUCGUCAGCAAGGAGGCGCUGCAGUGGAGGAGGGGCGGCCCCUCCCAGGUCGGCGAAGAUGUGAUGUGGCGAAGACGUGGCAGGAUAUAUUUUGGACGGCUUCUGGAAGUUGUGUGUGCGGCGGUGGAGAAGCUGCGUUUGCUGGAAGACCAGUGGCAGUCCAUCCUGCUGGAGUUGAUUACAGAGACGCUGGUCGACUACUCACAUCUGGAUUCCUACAUGAAGAAGUGCAUGGCUGCACUCAAGUGAAUUCUUCACAUCUUCAUAUCUUCAGAUAGUAUGUAUGCCAUCACACUAAUGUUAAUUUAUGAUCAGGUAUUUAUCAACGUUCUUUAUGAACACCAGUUAUUGUUUUGUUUCCCUUUUACCUUCCCCCUCACUAUCAGGCAACUUUCUAUCUCUCUCUCUUUUUUCUAUUUCUCAGCCAUGGUGGUUGAGUGAUCAGAUAAUAGUCCAGGUUUGAUUCUCAGCAGAGUUGUGCACAAUUUUUUCGCAAUUGGGAAACAUGGCAGAUGUUGCUAUGAACUGGUGAAUUUUCUCAGGUUACUCCUGUUUCCAAACUGCUUCAUUUCCCCUUUUCACCCCGCAUAUAUCUCUAAUGAUCUUUACGUCGACUUGCCUGUUAACAUAAUUCAUUAUUUCAUUAAUAAUUAAUUCAUUUUAGCAUGUUUAACCUUUAAAAUAAUAAAAAUAGUGAUAGUCAAUUACAAUUAUUGUAGGUAAAUGCUGAUUAGUUUUAAAUAUUGGUUUUCAAAUGCAUUACAGUUAUUUUUGCCUUUGUACACUAAUUUCAGAGAACACUUUGCUUUAAGCAACAUAGUAGUAAACAUUAUCAUAUGAACUAAUAUUGUUGGUUUAUAGCUCAGUAAUAUAAGUCAACUAUGGUUGAAUUACUGUAUUUUUGCACCGUAGUUCUUUAAUUAAUAGACGUGUUAAUCAUCAUUACAUUAUUUUACAAAUUGUAUUUCUUGAACAUUAGUUUUAUCACCACAAAUAUAAUAGCUUUUUCCAGUGGACUGAGCUUAAUGCACAUCCAAUGAAUCCAGAAAACUAUAAAAGUGUGAGUGAUAUGUGACCUCUCUUAACGAGUGCAGUUCUAUGUCACAUUAGCAACUGAAACGCAACCUGAGAAAAGUGCAAACUUUAGAGCGCUCUUUUUGAAGGUUUUUUUUUAUUAUAUGUGAAAAUAUCAUUACCUAUUUAAUAUUCAUAAAGAGUUGGGAAACAAACAUUCUCCUAUAAAUGCCAAAUAACAUUCAGCAAUUUUUACAUGUAUCAUUUAUACAUAAUCUUUUUUUUUUUGUUCGCAUGUGACAAAUUACAUUGAUACAAAAGCUAUUUUUAAUUUAUUUUUACUGUUCACAUGUUUAUUUACCAUCCAUCAUAUGGCACUAAAAACCCUCACUGGAGACAUGGCAAAAAUUAUUGCUUCUGAAUGCAGUUUGCUCCUGGAACAUGAGAAAUCACUGCACUCAGCACAAUUUCACUGGAGCUGGAAUGUGCGAUACUCGGCCACACAGAGUGCAAAACCACGCAGAUGCUGGGAUUCACCUUAAGAUCACUGCUUAAAGUCUCAUAGGCACAGGCAGCACGACAAAAAGUCUUCCUGCCAGCUCACAGCUAGCAUGUGGAGGUGACUGGCUUUCAAUGUGCAUUGGUAUAACCCUUGGUGCUUCCUUGUUUCAGUCUGAGGGUAGAGAGGCAUCUAAUUUCAGGUUGUUAUUUUGAUGAUACAAUCAGUUUUACUUGAUUCCAUUUGCACUAGAUAUUUAAGAGUUUGAUAUUGUAGCAUUUUAAUUUGUUACUGGAUAUUUUUUUUUUUUAAUUUUGUACAUUAUUUACACAUUAAAAAGUUUACUUCAAAAUGGCACUGCUAUUAAAAUAGGAUGUACUAUGAGUAAAAGAAGAAUAUGUUGAUACAGAAUUCUCUCAAGAUGUUUACUCUUUGGUAAGUAGUUUGUAUAUGUAUAUAUAAAUAAAAGAAUUCAAGAUUCACCUUUUGUAAUGGUUGUGUGUCGUGGUUGUGAUUGAUACGUAUUGUAUGUACCCAAAUUAUUUUGUUAUGAUCUCAAUGUUGACGAGAUGGUUAACUUAAAGUAAUUAAUUAUUCUUACUAUCCCCAAUAGCACCUAAUCUCUAAUCCGUACAAUAAAUUGUGCUGGUAACACUAUGAGAAUGUGAUUUGAAAAUAUUUGUUUCUUUUGGUUUUUUAACAAUUUCAAUUUCAUUAAUAAAAUACCAUUUACAAAUAAUUUUUUGUAUUAGUGUGGUAAGGGCACACCACUGCUUCAAAAAUAAAAUUCUUGCUUAUUUCUUCAACUAAAAUAGAUUAUUUGAUAGAAAUGAUACGGAGAAAUGUCAUAAUAACUUAACUAUGUGGUUUCUGUGUGCAGAAAUGUUAUUACUUUUAACCUAAAUAAAUAUGACAAUGGCUUAUAGUGAUAAAGAAGUUUGACUUUACAAGUUUGUUGUUAAAUUGUUAUAAUAAAUGCUGGCAGGUUUUUGGAAAAGCAAGCACAUUUUAGGUAGAAAUACCUUUUAACGGAUUGCUGUAUUACAGGACAGAAAUCGUACAUUACCAAUGCUGUGUAAACAAUACUGAGGUUACAUUGUUACAUAUACAACAAAAUAAGAUGGUUGAUAAGGGGGUUCAGCAGGAAAGUGUGUGUUUAGAGGGUGUCACUUCAUGAAUUAAAAGACACAAAGUCUCAGCAUGACACUAUCAAGGUGUGAUGUCACCAGGGAAUGA